AAAUGAGACUACUGGCUGGAUGAGGUGUCUCCGUAAGGGGGGAGAGAUGCCAUAUGGCUCUCCGAGAGGCUCUGGCAGAAGUGAUGGCUAGGCAGCAGGAGAAGCAGCAGGUUGAAACUCCAGAUGGAGGCUGGGGAUGGGUGGUGGUGGGGGCACUCUUUAUGGCCUCUGGACUGGUGUUUGGGCUUCUCCGCAGUCUGGGGGUUUUCUUUGUGGAGUUUAUGCAGUACUUUGAGGAAAGUGCACAGGCUGUUUCCUGGAUUACCUCCAUAGGAGUGGCCACACAGCAGUUAGUAAGUCCAGUAGGCACAGCUGCAUGUAAUGCAUAUGGAGCUCGUCCUGUUGUUAUGCUGGGAGGAUUGCUUUCGGGACUGGGACUCAUUCUUGCUUCUCAGUCUACAACACUCACACACCUUUAUCUCACCAUGGGAAUCAUUUCAGGUUUGGGCUGGGCUCUGGUUUUCACCCCCACAGUGGCCUCUGUGAUGCAGUAUUUCAGCACACGACGCUCUUUGGCAAUGGGUCUGGGCUUUACUGGUGUGGGGUUGUCCUCUUUUGCGUUCUCUCCACUCUUCCAGUACUUGGUUCAGGAGUAUGCAUGGCGUGGGGCACUCCUCAUACUUGGUGGUCUCAGCCUCAACUUGGUGGCUGCCGGUGCCCUCAUUCGACCACUCAGACCUUGUAAAGUUGUGGAAAAGACCAAAACCUCAAAAAAAUCUAAUGGCUGUAUGUCUUUCUUAUCCCGAAUCUGUGAGUACUUUGAGCUGUCACUGCUUUCACACCAAGGUUUUCUCACCUACAGUGUGGCUGUGACAUUCUUCAAUGCUGGAUACUUCAUUCCCUACGUCCACUUGGUGGCCCAUAGUCGGCUUUUGGGCUUCAGUGAGUUCCAGGCUGCUUUUGUAAUUUCCAGCACGGGUGCGACAGACAUUGUAGGGCGUGUGGUGUCCGGCUGGGCCUCAGACCUAAGGCGGGUACGUUCACUCCACCUUCUGGUUGUAUGGACAGCAUUAGUAGGAUUGUUCCUCCUGUUGCUGCCCCUCUGCUCAUUUGGAGGGAACUAUGCAGGGCUGUUGGUGGUCAGCCUUGGGUAUGGAUUUUGUGCUGGUGCCAUGACGCCAUUGGUGUUUGCUGUGGUGCCUGAGAUUGUGGGCAUGGAGCAUAUGGUGGGUGCGCUCGGACUUCUACAGCUUAUUGAAAGUGUAGGAGGCUUACUGGGGGCUCCUUUGUCAGGCUGGUUAAGGGACCUCACAGGUUCUUACACAUGUUCCUUUGUGGUAGCUGGUGGAUUUCUCAUCAUAGGGACUAUAAUAACAGCGACUCUUCCCAAUUUCUGCUCCUGCACAAAUUCCCCACCCCCAUCACCAAAGGACAAUGCAGAAAAUGGGUGCAUUGAAGAUCAGCUGCUGCAAAAAGCUUUAACUUCAGAGUCGGAUCAGGAGAAAUGAAAUUAUCUACAGGAUAUACAGUACACAACCCAGAUUCCAGAAACUCUGCUGUAUCGGAACCACACAACGGAACCCAAUUCAGAGACGGAAUACACUCUACAUGCAGACAGCACAGAGGAUGAUGCUAAAAGCUGACUGGUUGGAAAAGUGGUGUGGGCCAGCCACUGAAAACCCAGUGACUAAUACUAAUUCUAAACUAACACAUUUCAUUGGAAAAAUGAAUUAAAUGUGACAGAUUUUAAA